CACACGCAUGAGGUCACCGUCCUUAAUAUCUAAAUGACAUUAAUACCCCCGGUCCUGCUCCUUGGGAAGCUACUAGUUCCAUUACACCAGGUCUCAGUUCAACUCCUACUGAAAUUUCCUGAAGACUUUCUCUACUAUAAUCUGUUUAUAAAGCCCCUGAGGUGGGACUGCGGCCUCUGCCCGUAAUACCUUGGUUAGGGUUUCUGUAAUUCCUCUCUGCCAAGCUCUGCAACAUUGUCCAAGCUAUUAACAUGGACAGCUGGGCUCCAUCAAUGCCAGAUUUCCCAGGUACACUGCAAACUGGGACAGUUCUAAGACAGAGUUCCUUGUUUUUAUUCUUCUUGUACACCAGUUUCUAAGUUAUGCCAAAGAUUUUCUGAGGCCAAUCAUAUUGAAGCUGCCUUUAUAAAACUAUUUUAGGGUCAAAGAACUGUUCUUUUUUCUGAUUCUGACCACAACUGAGUUGGGUUUCUUGUGAGUUGCAAGAUAUGUAAUGUGCAUGUUGCUUGUUUGGUUCAUAGUGUGAGUUGGGUUUGAUCUCAAACCAAGCAAGCAAGUUGGUUUGAGCUUACAUAAAGGGUCAAGUGUUAUUUUGGUUCUUGAAUGGUGGAUUUAGUUUUCCUAGAAAUCUAAAAUGUCUUGGAAUCAAGCUCAAAUCAAGCACCACCAUCCUCAAUCUCGGUUUCUUUCUUCUCCUUCUCCACUGCCAUAUGAUACUGAAUAUCAGAAGCAAUUAGUACCACCAUCUUCAUCUUCCGACAAUAAAAUUAGUCCAGCAAUACUGUUCAUCAUAAUUGUUCUAGCUGUUGUGCUUUUCGUAUCCGGAAUUCUUCACUUGCUUGUUAGAUAUCUUACAAAGCGUAGAUCUUCAUCGAUUUCUGAAUCCAACAGAAACCCACAGAUGUCUGGGUCUGGAGUUCUCCAGAGACAGUUACAGCAGCUCUUCCAUCUUCAUGAUUCUGGAUUGGAUCAAGCUUUCAUUGAUGCUCUUCCUGUGUUCCUCUAUAAAGACUUGAAGGGUCUAAAUGAGCCAUUUGACUGUCCAGUUUGUUUGUGUGAGUUUGCUGAAAAGGACCAGCUGAGAUUGCUUCCGUUAUGUAGUCAUGCUUUCCACAUCGAUUGCAUAGAUACAUGGUUACUGUCAAAUUCUACUUGCCCUCUCUGUAGAGGGACACUAUAUGCACAAGGGAUUUCCAUUGAGAACCCAGUUUUCGAUUUCGAUGAUUCGAGGGAAGAGGAAGGGUUUUCCAAUGGAGGAAACGGGAGUCUGAUUUCUGGUCACAAGUCUGCAGAGAAUGAGAUUGAGAAGAGAGUGUUUUCUGUGAGACUUGGAAAGUUUAAAAGUACUACCACCAGAAAUGAAGGAAAUGAAGGAAGAAGUGAGGAGAGAAUAGAGGGGGAAACUAGUAGUAGUAAUUUGGAUGCAAGGAGAUGUUACUCAAUGGGAUCAUACCAAUAUGUGGUUGCUGAUUUAGAGGUACAAGUUGCUCUGAGGCCUAAGAGAUCAGGUGGUAAUGGUGAUAGUAUGAGGAUUGUGAAAGGGAGAGUUGGGCAAAAUGGGAACUCCAACAGUGAUAGUGAUACUGAGGGGAAAAGAAUAGGAGGUAAAGGUGAGAGCUUUUCUGUUUCCAAAAUUUGGCUAUGGCCUAGAAAGGGCAAAUUUCCAAGUUCUGCAGAAACCCAAGUGGCCACUUCUUCGUCAGCUACUGUGGGUUUGCCAUGGAGUUAUAAUAGAUCUCAGGAUAAAUAACAUCAUGUGCUGUAGUAUGUAAUAUGUAUUUCUUCAUCAUACAUAUAAAUGAUAUAAUGGAUCUAUAUAAAUUCUUUAUCAGAAAAAGA